AGGGCUAUUUACCCACCCCCACACGCCCCUUUUCCCACACGCAUGCCCAUUUUCCCACGUUCACACAUAUUUUCCCACGAUCACUAACCACCCUCUCUCCCCAUCUUCCGCAGCGGAAACCAGUAGCCUCAUGUGGCACACGAUUUACCCGAUCAUCAUCUGCCUCUUCAUCAUCGUGAUCGUCUUCAUCUCCGCCAUGUCGAUCUGCUGCUACAACCGGUACCAACGCAAGAAGUUCGACCUGAUGCGUCGCGAGUUCUCACGGGGACCCGACGACCAGCUGCACACGAUACGGGCCGAGUCACGCCGCAUGGUCACCGAGUACAACCCCAACUACGAAUUCGGAGGAGGAACUUGUACCAUCAAGGACCUGAAGGAGAUUCCCAGGGAAAACCUCACCCUCGUCAAAGCUCUUGGCCAAGGAGCAUUCGGCGAGGUCUACCAAGGAUAUCUGAAAAACUAUGCUGGAGAUUCAGUGGAGAUGCCGGUGGCUGUUAAGACCCUCCCUGAGAUGUCGAGCAACCAAGCCGAGAUGGACUUCCUGAUGGAGGCUCUCAUCAUGUCCAAGUUCGACCACCCAAACAUCGUUCACUUCAUCGGCGUGUGUUUCGACAAGCUCCCUCGCUUUAUCGUGCUGGAGCUCCUGUCGGGGGGAGAUCUCAAGAGCUUCCUGAGGGAGGCGAGACCGAAGCCGGACCGGCCCUCCGCCCUUACUAUGAGAGACCUGCUGACCUGUGCCAUGGACGUUGCUAAGGGCUGUGAGUACCUGGAGGAGAACCACUUCAUCCACAGGGACAUCGCGGCGAGGAACUGCCUCCUGACGACGAAGGGACCGGGCAGGGUGGUCAAGAUCGCGGACUUUGGCAUGGCCAGGGAUAUCUACAGGAACGACUAUUACCGCAAAGGAGGCAAGGCGAUGCUCCCUGUCAAGUGGAUGCCUCCGGAAGCCUUUCUUGAUGGCAUCUUUACCUCCAAGACAGAUGUGUGGUCAUUCGGUGUCCUCCUGUGGGAAGUGAUGUCCCUGGGUUACAUGCCAUACCCAGGGCGAGGCAACCAAGAGGUCAUGCAGCUAGUGACCAACGGAGGUCGUCUGGAGCCGCCUACGAACUGCCCAGGACCCGUGUAUAGGAUUAUGACUCAGUGCUGGCAUCCUAUACCCGACGAGAGGCCGUCAUUUACCACUAUUCUGGAGCGCCUUGGCUACUGCAUACAGGACCCGGACGUCGUGAGCCACGCGCUGCCGGUGUUCCAGCGGCCUCCGUCGGCCGAGCGCGACGCCACCGUGAUGCGGCCGCUGGACAACGACGCCUGCCUGACGGUGUCGCGGCGGUCGGACGAGCCGCAGAGCCCGGCGUCCACGGACUACCUGAUACCGCUGCCGUCGUCCUACUCGCUGGCCACCGUGCGCUCCGAGAUGAACUCGACGCCGUCGCUGGAGUCGGGCGCCGACUGCUGCCAGCUGGAGCGCCUGCUGGCCGAGGAGCCGCCGCCGCCGCUGCCCACCUGGGAGACCAGCUUCACCACCGAGCCGGCGCCGCCCGCCUCGCACCCGCGCAGCAAGCCGACGCCGCCGCCCGCGACUAUAGCCGCCCGUGCGCCCUCGCACGCCUCCGCCAGGAUGGCCGAGUCGCAGUCGUCGCAGCCGCUGCUCAAGACCUCGCCGCCGACGUCGCCGCGGUCGCAGGAGGCCCGCGAGCGCCUCAUGCGGCCCGGAGAGCGCCCUGAACCCGCGCCCAUGAUCCCGCUGCAGGCCGUGGGCGCCGGCCGGGAGCGCCCCCGCCCACACCACCACUACCACCCGCAUCGCUACAACAACAGCGGCAGCAGCAAUAACAGUAGCAGUAGUAACAGCAGCAGUAGCAACAGUAGCAGCAGCGGCAGCAGCAGCAGCAGCAGCAGUACGCUUCCGCUGGACCCGACGACGCUGCCGACGUGCAUCCCGCCGCCGCUGCAGUACGUCAACGUCGACGUCAAGCUGCGGUCGGCGGAGUACGACCGCGAGCCCUACCACAUCCACGAGACGCGCGAGCACAGGGAGAUCUCGUGCUAGGCUCCCCGCGCCCGCCGCCCGCCCGCCCGCCCGCCCUCGACCCUCCUCCCUCGGCCCCGCCGGCGCCACAGGCUGCGUCCUGCCGCCGACUCCCCACGCGACAAUAUCCCUUCCUGGCUCAGUGAAGCCCCCGGGCCUUACCUCAGGGAGUCCGGUUCGUUGCCUGAGCCGCUUUCAUCCUGACCUCAUUCCCUCAUUCCCCUCAUUCUCCUCAUCCUGCAUCGGCGGAGGGAGGAGAGGCGCCGGAAACAGCGCCCUGGCGACAGCUUUCCCCUCUUCGGUUUAUCUCUCCCUUUCCCUUUCCCCUCUUCUUCCUCUUCCUCCUUCUCCUCCCCUUCUUCCUCUCCUCCUCCUCCUCCCGCUGCUGCGUCGUCGCCCCGAGGAGCCUCGAGGAGCUCCUCCACCUCCCGCUCCAGCCUCGACGCCUCCGAGGGCAAGCCAAGGCGGGGAAGAUUGCUCAAGCGACAUCGUCAUUCGGUGAAGGAAACGAUUAUUCUGUCUCUCCU